AAAUCAAAAUAAAAAGAAACAAACUAAAACCAAAUCGUCUUCUCCAUCUCUCGCAUUCUCUUUUCACGCGAUCCCUUCCUCACGCCACAGUCCGCCGCCGGCCACAGCCAGCCGUUGACCGCAGCACUCCGCCUCGCCUCCGUCCAGUAAGGCCCUCCCCCCCCUCUCUAGGUUAUCCUCUGUGCAGCGCCUGCCAGUUGCCAUUGGCGUGCAUCGCCGCUACCCUCCGUUCGCCGUUGUUCGUUACCGGGUUUGUUGUUGAAGGUACUGAGUGAUACACCCUUCGCCUUUUCCUUUGUAGUGAGAUAAAAUGGGAGAGAGGAAGGUGCUUAACAAAUACUACCCACCGGAUUUUGAUCCAUCAAAGCUACCAAGGGUCCGUAGGCCCAAAAACCAGCAAAUGAAAGUUCGUAUGAUGCUUCCUAUGAGCAUCCGGUGCAAUACUUGUGGUAAUUACAUAUACAAGGGCACAAAGUUUAAUUCUCGCAAGGAGGACGUCAUUGGUGAGACAUAUUUGGGAAUUCAAAUUUUUAGGUUCUACUUCAAGUGUACCCGAUGUUCGGCUGAGCUCACCAUUAAAACAGACCCCCAAAACUCAGACUAUGUCGUAGAAUCAGGAGCCACACGUAAUUUUGAACCAUGGCGUGAGGAGGAUGAAGCUUUUGAGAAGGAGAAACACAAAAGGAAUGCUGAAGAGAUGGGGGACCCAAUGAAAUCUUUGGAGAAUAGAACCUUGGAUUCCAAACGUGAGAUGGACAUCCUUGCUGCUUUGGAUGAGAUGAAGUCUAUGAAGUCCAGACACGCAAAUGUGAGUAUUGAUUCAAUGCUUAUGGCUUUGCAACGAACAACCGCUGAAAAGGAAAAGAAGUUAGAAGAAGAGGAUGAGGCAUUGAUAAAAUCAAUAGUCUUCAAUAACUCAAACAAUUUUGUUAGAAGAAUUUCAGAUGAGGAAUUUGAUGAUAGUAGUCAUUUUGUACAACAUUUGACCAACAAUGUCAAAACAUCUGACUUUAAAGCAAAGAAACAGAAGGUUUCUGAAGAAUCUCCUCAUGAUCCUACCAGUACUUCAGAAAAAGCUGUUGUUCUCAAUAGCCUCACGGGUGAAGGUAAAGAUGGCAACGUUGGCACAUCUAGUGAUGCUAAAUUUGUUUCAAAAUCUUUGCCAGUCAUAGUUUCUAUUAAAAAGAAACCAGAAUUGACUGCUCGAGUGGAGAAUAAACAGAGCUUGGACAUUCAAAGCAAUGAUACGAACACUGGACUCGAGUCAUUGUGCCAAUACGAUAGUGACGAGGAUUGAUACAUUAUAUUAUAUCGGUUUGAGUUAUUCUAUUCUUAGAACUUUAAUGUGUAUACAAUAUAACUUGGUAAUAAUAGUUGGUUUCGUUUUAUUAUAUUAACAAGUAAUAUUCUCUUGUGCAUGGUCAAUGUUUCCUUCUCAACGUCUCACAUGUGAGACGAUCUCACAGUUUGUUGCCGCAUUCCUCGCAUCUAAGGUAUUGGAAGAGCAAGUUUCUUCUCUUCUUCAAA